AUGAGCGACCCAAGAACAAGUCUCAUUCCAGAUAACGAUGAUCCAACAUACAACUACAGAUCGUUGACAGAUUCUCAAAAGACCCUGUUGGCAAUCCUUCCAAUCCCGUCAGCGCUGCUCAGCAUCUUUGGUAGCACUGUGAUUAUAUACAUGGCCUAUAAGUCAAGGAGUAAAUCAAGGCCAUGGACUCCCUAUAACAGGCUCUUAGUCGCAAUGAGUAUAUAUGACAUUAUCACAUCCAUUGCAUUGGGAGCAUCCCCCUUCCUGUACCCCAAGGAAACUUCCAACAAGGCCCUGGUCUACGGAAACGAUGCGUCGUGCACCUUGAUUGGCUUUCUCAAUCAGCUGAGUUAUUCGGGGACACUCUACAAUGGUUUUCUCAGUCUUUACUUUCUAUUGACCGCACGGUUUGGCAUACAAAACCAUCAGAUUGCACGUCGGAUAGAACCAGCAAUGCACAUGUUCAGCGUGGGCUAUCCAGUGUUGACUGGUUUCAUUGGUCUAUUUCUUGGUGUUUAUUCUGAGCCUGAGGUAGGACUCGGUUGCUGGGUCAAUAGUUAUCCAGAACGGUGUGGCUAUGGUCCAGAUGGAACUGGUGAGCCCUGUCUAUCAGGAACGAUUGGUUGGAUCUUUGGCGGAUGGGUAGCCUGUCUUACAUUGGCGUUGCUGGUGGUGGACAACUUUAUAAUCUCGUGGUACGUCUUUCGACAGACGGGGUCAAGCAACAACAAUAAUAAGAAGAAGAGUGGAAAAUUUUCACCAAAGGGGUCGGCGACCAUGGACUUGGACGACGAUGGUGAAAGUGCGAAGCAGGCAUCCAUGGCAUCAUCCUUUCGGAGUAUUCGAUCGAAUACUGAUUUGGGUGGCAACAGGAGUACCACUCAGAAUACGGUAUCCACCAUUUCCAUGGAUCCAGAUACCAAGGCAUCACAGAGAAAACGUCUGAAGCUUGUGAGUUCACAGGCCUUUCUUUUUGUGGCCAGCUACAUUGUGAGUAAUGGAAGUACAGUCCUCUUGCGUCUUUUCGAGAGUCAAGCGGCAACCUAUGUUGAAGAAAUGGAACUUCCGAAAAAACACUACAUCUUGAUGGUACUACAAGCUAGUUUGCUUCCGCUUCAAGGUUUGUUCAACAUGAUGGUGUACAUCCGACCCAAGUACAUCAAGAAUAGAAGCGAUUUCCCAGGCGAGUCUCGUGUUUGGGCCAUUCGACGUGCUGUUUGGGGUGCAGACGUGGUGCGACCGGCGGUACAUUCGAUUGACAUCCACCAAAACAACGCAAUAAGUCAAGCCGAUACUCCACGAAACGAAAGGGAUAGAAUAUCGUCACUGACCAAUACCAGUGCUGAACCAGAUAGGAAAGAAAAAGGAAAGCGUCCAAUGUCUUCCAGAUCGUCAUUUCGUUCUUCUCGUGGAUCCAACAGUCUGGAAGUGAUUCCAGAAGCCGACAACUUGGAGUCGAUCUCGGACACAGAGGAAGAUGAUAGUCGACGUGAAGAGAUAGAUGAUGUUUGGCGUACGUCUUUUUGGAGAUCACAAUGCAAAGGCCCAGCAACUGUCAUGAUGGAUGGAUCCAUCCUGCGAGCAGGCAGUAUUAUAUCGUCGUCGUCAACUUCUUCUUCAAAUGACGACGACGUCAAGUGA